AUGACGUCCUCUUGCAUACCCACGGGGCUGCGGCUGGACCUGGACAUGGUGAAGGCGGCGGCGUCGCCGGGGGCGCACGCGCACUCGUCGCCGCUGCGGCCGGCGCACUCCUCGCCGUCCUCCACGCUCUCGGAGGCCUCCAACGCGUCCUCCUCGGCCACGUCCGUGUCGCUCAAGCGCGCGCGGGCGCCGCGGAAGCGCCCCAACCAGGCCUACAACGAGGCCGCCGCGCUGCUCGCCUCCAUCCACCCCUCCGUCUUCCCCGUCAAGAAGAGCCCCAAGACGGCCACGGCGCCGCGCCCGCCGCUCUCGGGCCUCGCCGUGGCCUUCGGCGCCGCCGCCCCGUCCUCCUCCGACCUCCUCCCGCCGCUCCCCGUCCUGUCCGACGCCGCAUUCCUCCUCCGCGACCACGCGGCCUCGCCCUCGCCGCCGCCGCCGCCGCACAGCCCGUCCACCGACGCCUGCAAGAACUGCUCGUCCCCGACGCCCGUCAGCAGCGCGUUCCGGGAGUUCCGCGACCCGGCGCCGUCGCCCGCCAGCCCCGACACCGCCACCGACGAGCCCGGCGAGCUCGACUUCGACGACGACGGCUUCGACGCCGAGUCCAUCCUCGACGUCGACGAGGCCGCGGCCGGCGGCGCCGCCGAGGGCAUCGACGGCAUCAUGGGCAGCCUCACCAUGGAGGCCAACACGGCCACCGCCACGUCCGACGACUCCAUCCUGUCCAGCUCCGGCAUACACCCCUACCUCAGGAGCCUCAUGGUGGUCGGUCUCGCUGGCCGCUUCGAGCUCGGCCUCGGCUCCCGGCAAAGCACCCGACCCAACCUCAACCGUGCCCUCAAGCGGCGGGACGACGACGGCGCCUGGUGGAUGUGGCCUGCCGUGCCGGUGAAGGACAUCACGGUCACACCACCGACGCCACCGCCGACAGAACCGGCAGCGGCAGUGUCCAACACCGCAAUGCCGCCGCCGGCGUCGGCAGCACCAGAGAAGAAGAAGAGCAAGAAGAAGAAGAAGGUGAAGAUGGAGAAGUUGAUGGCCAAGGAGGAGGAGCUGGCCAAUGGGAAAUGCGAGGAGGGAGCCGAUGGAACAGUGGACGCGGCGGACGGCAAUGGAGACGAUGACAGCGCACCGACAAAGGCGCCGAAGACCGGCCUGGGGCUGAAGCUGGACACCGACGACGUGCUCAAGGAGUGGUCCGGCAAAGGGUCUAUGUUCGCCGAGGGCGGCGCGCCGGAUUCGUCUGAGUCCGCCGCCGAAGUGCGGGCCAAACUUGCAGACAUCGACUUGUUUCCUGAGAACGGGUCUGGUGGCAUCAGGGAAGCAAGGGUGAUGAGGUACAAGGAGAAGCGGCGCAACCGGCUGUUCUCGAAGAAGAUCCGGUACCAGGUGCGGAAGGUGAACGCCGACUGUCGGCCUCGGAUGAAGGAAGGUUUGUUAGGAGCCCGUCUCUUCUGCAGCAAGCCCUGGAGGAAGAGAGCUAGAUAUAGUGAUACUUGUUGCUAG